AUGGCUAUCUUUGAUGAUUAUACUGCCAAGGCAGGAUGUUUUGAGGCAUCAUCACUGACUUUUGCUCUACAGGCCUUGCUCCACCGCCAUGAAAGCUAUAUGGCUGAAGCGGAAGAGGACCGCCAUCGUCUGGUCAGCAGCAUUGACGACCUAGAACGCGAAAAGAAACAAGUUCAAGCAGAAAAUGCGCGCAUUAUCGAAGAGAAUCGCACCUUGUUAGAGCAACUUGACAGCUUGAAUCAAGCGGUCGCCGAGUCUGACGACCAUGUCAAGUCCCUAACAGUUACUUUGGAGAACACGGAGUCUGAGCUGCGAAGAUUGACAGUGGCUGCAGCGCGUGCCGCAGAGCUGGAGGCACAACUAGCUCUCAUGGAGACAGAGCAGUCUAAACUUCAAGAGAGCCUUGUGUCAGUGCGGGAAGAUGAGAAAUCGGCCAUCCAACGGUGGAAACAAGCAGAGAACACCCUGCGAGACCUCCAUGAUCAAGUCGACCGCAUCGAGAAAGAGGCGCGCGAGGAGAGGGAGCGACAUACAGAGCUUGUGCAACGCAUGGAGCGGAAGAGAGCUGUGGAGCGCGAACUGGACAAUGCAGCGGGGCGUCUCAAGGGUGUCGCCGCCGCCUCCGAACUCAACCGCAAUACAGGUGGUACAAACGUGGUCUCUCGUUUCGUCAAGGAUAUAUUGCAAGACAACGCCAAUCUGCAAGUUGGGAUCAUGGAACUGCGCGACAUGCUUCAGAGCUCGAAUGAAGAAGUGCAGAAUCUACGGGAACAGGUUAUUUCUCAUCAGCCGCUGGCCGGCGUCGAUGAGGAGGACAAUGUGCAGCCGAGGCCUUCCACUACGCUGAGUGAGGAGCUACGAGCGAAGGAAGAACGACGCGUAUCUCAGGAAUUACACAUCCAUCAUCAUUUCCACACACCAAAUCCAGCUCCAGCUACAAAGAAGGAGAAAGGACCACUGAACCGUCGCGUGAAGAAACGCCGCCCCGCUUUGUUGAGCCCUGUAGCAAUGCACUCUGCGACAAGGGCACACUCGCCCCGGAGAGGCCUUCAUCACUCCCAGUCAUCUGGAUCCUCCAUGUCAACCAUUCUAUCGCAAACUUCUGUCUCCAUCCCACCCCAUUCAUCCUCACGCCGCUGGUCAUUACAAUCUCAUGCUCCGGACUCGCUGGCAAGCUCCCCUCGGUCCGCGUUCCAGACGUCAUCGAUUUUUGAUCGUGUUGAACGUGGCGCUGAUUCCUCUCAGCCUACCAGCCCUGAAAGUACUGUGUUCUCUUCGCCUUUGGUUCAGGCACGGAACCUGAAGGGUCUUGAUAUGCCAUUCCGGCCAAUCGGUAGCUUUGAUGACCACGAUGCACCCGACGACCUAUCUGCAUUUGAAGAUGAUAUCUACAGCCGCCAAGACUUCUUGAGUACCGGUGAUAAUGUCACCAGAGAGCCAGCUAUCCCAGAGGAAUCCGAACCAUCUCCAUCAGUGGCAUACUUCUCGCCUAUGGGUGAACCACUGGCGACGACCGAAGAUGACAUUUUUACUAUGCAUGUACAGCCUUCAUCCUUGCGCAGAUCAUCUUCUCAUGACAGCUUGCUCUCUGUAUCUGUUGCUGGAAUGGACAUCCAUACACCCACCAGUCGCCACAAGCGAAUGGGCGACUGGCAUCCCGGUAUGCGGAUUCCUCGGCGCAUCUUAUCACCCAGUAUCGAACUACUGUCAACACCCCCAGUAAUCUCGGCCCCGGCCAUCACAGCCGAUCGUUCAACGAGCUCAGAGCACAAAUCCCAGUCAUUGCUUGCUUCCAUGGCUGCGGGCAAUCACGCCAAGUCCGACACAGCAUCGGUUGUAUCCACAGACAGCACCAGCACCGGCUCAACUCUUGGGCCCCGCAAAGCUUCGACGUUGGGUCGCCGCAUGGGAGGCUGGGUGCUGGGCCGCUGGGGCGUAGCGCCGACCACAUCAGACAAUGGCUCGCAAGAUCCGACAGACUCGCCAAACACGUCUGUAACAUCGUCAUCUUCUACGUCUGCGCCCAAACCACCUGACCCGCUAGCUCUUCGAUUCAGAUACCCAGGUGUGAACCAAAAGGGUCCGAUAAUGGGCCUGCGGCCUCCGCCUCCUGCUCCGGUUUCAAUUCAUGCCCAAAGCAUAGACGAAGACCUGCUGCGAGAGAGUCUAGCCGAAGAGAAUGGCUAG